AUGUCAUCGAAAGCACCGGAGACCAGCGGCUCCGAGACUGACGUCAAUGUCCGCGAUGGGCUCCCUCCUUCCACCGGUGAGGUCCUAGGCUCUGUCGAGCCACAUGUCUUCUCCAAUCCCAGACGUGCCACACAUUGGCAACGAGUCUACGAAAGUGCGACAUACGAGGGGAGACAUCGAUUCAAUGCGGCAUUGACAUGGUCGGCGGAGGAAGAGAAGCGACUCAAGAAGAAGUUGGACUGGAAAAUCAUGACCUGGGUCUGGGUAAUGUUUUCCAGUCUCGAUUUAGUACGCAGGAAUGUAAAUCGUGCAGUAUCCGACAACAUGCUAGACGACCUGAAAAUGAACACCAAGCAAGUAGUGGACAGCCCUUCUGAUUACAACGCCGGUCAAACAAUCUACCUCGUCUGUUUUCUUGCCGCUGAACUGCCCGGAGGCCUGAUCAGCAAGAAAGUUGGACCAUUCAGAUACACUCCCACGAUAAUUACGAUGUUCGGCGUGCUAUGUGCGCUCCAGACGCUCAUGAGCAACCGAGCUAGCUUCUGGGCUUUCCGAGGGCUUCUCGGUUUCGUACAAGGGGGCUUCAUUCCGGAGAUGGUGCUUUAUCUCUCGUACUUUUACAAGACCAACGAACUCCCCAUCCGCCUCAGUGUGUUCUAUACAGUUAUCCCCAUCACAUAA